AGAAAAAUUUGAUAUAUUACCAGAUGAUUGGUUAACUGAACAACUUACCAAAAUCAAUGAAAUAAAUUAUUCAAAAGAAGAGUAUAGUGAUAAAAACGAAUUCAUUGAUCAUUUUGUUAGAUAUGAGUUUGAUGAAAAUCAUGACGAUACUUUUAAAAGUAUUCUAGGAAAAAACUAUAGUUUUACAGGAGAACGAGGUGAUGAAAAAAUGAGUGGUCAAGAAAUUGAAAAAGAAGAAUUAAAUUUGGGAAGAAAUAUGUCAGCUGCUUAUAAAUUACCAUAUAUAUUUUCAUUAAUAGAUUUCGAUCCGGAACUAUUAUUAAAAAAAGAAGAGAAUUUUUCUUGGUUGAAAUAUUAUUAUCCCGAACUUAAAGAUGAACAUGUGAAAAACCUAAACGAAUCAUUUAAAACUGAUUUCUUCAAGAUUGAAAAUGAUGUUUUUGUCAAUCCCGAUUCCAUGGAAUGGCUAAAAAUAGAAUUGAAUAAAUAUAUUAAAGUGGAAUUUAUGGAUGAACAA